AUGAUGAGUAAUAACAUGGGUCACUACAAGCUUAAUGCUCAAAUCAAAUCUGUCUAUAAUGAUACACUUUUAUCAUGCAAAUCUCCUAUCAGCAUGUGGAAACAUUUUAAUGAAACUACUGGCAAUAGUAAGCGUUGUAACGCUUUUCCCUCUUAUGAUAUUAAUGCUCUUAAUCAGUCUUUUAUACGCUGUCCUUCUACUAUAACUACUUCUAAUGUUACCAAUCAUGUAGCUGAAAACUUUCAUGACUUUAAUACUCUCGAUGUUCUAAAAUGUCUUAAAACGCUCAAGCCCUCACGUAGCCUUGGCCUUGAUGGUAUACCUGCACAUGUUCUAAAACAAUGUGCAGAUGCUUUAUGUUCUCCACUAACUAACAUCCUAAAUGCUUCUUUCUCCAAAAAUGUCGUACCUGAUACAUUGAAAGACAUUAAAAUUGUCCCUGUUCCUAAACCUGGAAACAGCAAGAACGUAAAGUUCAGACCCAUUGCCCGUUUCUAA